CUCAGUCGUACGCCUUUCUUGCGUUGUUCCCCGCUUUGGCAGUGCAUUGAAUGAGUGUUGUGACUGUUCUCUCAUUGUUGUGUCCAUUGUUGGAUAUUUUUACGAAUUUUGUGGAUUUAACUCUGAUUUUAAAGUGUAUGUGAACUUUAUUGUGUGAAAGCAGCUUUUAUCAUCUAAAAUGUUGAAGUUUAUGAGGGGAAAAGGUCACCACUUAAGUGCUGAAAGAUUGAAAUUGAAUAAAGAAUUAUUUUCUUUUUCAAAGACUACUACUCAUGGGUUUCCUCACAGACCUAGUGCUCUGGCAUGGGAUCCCAAACUGCAGUUGCUUGCAAUUGGAACUAAAAAUGGUUUGAUAAGAGUAUAUGGUGCUCCAGGUGUGGAGUUUGAAGGAACUCAUAAAGAAGAGGCUUGUGUUAUGGAAUUGUUCUUUCUUCCCGGACAGGGUCGUUUGAUCAGUCAGUGUGAUAACACCUCUCUACAUCUUUUUGAGCUUAAUGAAAAAGAUGGCAAGUGGAUGCUUGAAGAAGUGAAGUCAUGUUCUUUGCAAGGAAGAUUGAAAAAUAUCACAACAUGCUGUCUACCUUCAAGUGGAGAACACUUGUUGAUUGGUACUGAUGGUGGUAAUAUCUAUUUGCUAGAUGUAAAAUCAUUUGAAAUGACUGAUCAUAUCAUUUACCAAGAUAUUGUCAUUCAAAAUGUUCCUGAUGAUUAUAAAUUGAAUCCUGGCUCAGUAGAAGCUAUUGCUGAACAUCCUUUAAAUCCAGAUAAAAUAGUUAUUGGAUACAAUAGAGGGCUUAUGGUUUUGUGGGAUAACAAAACUUUGAAUUCUGAAAAUACUUAUGUUGGCAGCCAACAAUUGGAAUCUGUUUCAUGGCAUCACAGUGGCACAAAAUUUAUGAGUUCUCACAAUGAUGGCACCUAUGUAGUUUGGAGUUCAACUGACUCAUCAAAGCCUCAGGAAGCUCCUGUACCACCAUAUGGACCUUUCCCAUGCAAAGCUAUUUCCAAAGUAUUGUGGAGAUCAGUAAAAGGAGGUGAUGACUUUACAAUCUUUGCUGGAGGUAUGCCUCGAGCUAGUUAUGCAGAUAAAAAUACUGUGACAGUAAUGUGUGGUGACAAACAUCAAGUGCUGGAUUUUACUUCUAAAGUUGUUGAUUUCUUCACGAUAUGUCAUGGUGAUGAAGAAUCGGAGUAUGAUAAUCCUCACACUUUGGUUGUCCUUGCCGAAGAAGAAAUUGUCUUGAUUGAUUUAGAAUCUGAUGACUGGUUGCCAUUUAGACUCCCUCAUCUUUCUAGUUUGCAUAUGUCGUCAAUAACUUGCACUAGCCAUGUUUACGAUGUUCCUCAGGAUCUUUGGAACACCAUCAUUACUGCUGGAAAUAAACAGGUGUCUGGCAAAUACACUGAAAGAGAGUGGCCAAUAAAUGGUGGUGAAAACUUAGUUGAAAAUGCAUCUGUUCACAACCUCCUGUUGACUGGUCAUGAAGAUGGAUCAGUUCGAUUUUGGGAUGCUUCAGGAGUGGCUCUUGGCCACCUGUAUACCAUUCACACAUCUCAUAUUUUUGUUAGCGAAGAUGGAGAACCUCCUGUAGAUGAGGAAGAAUGGCCACCAUUCCGUAAAGUUGGCAGCUUUGAUCCUUACAGUGAUGAUCCAAGGUUAGCUGUAAAGAAAAUUUUGCUUUGUCCCUUGAGCAAGACAUUAGUUAUUGCUGGAACUGCAGGGCAGAUAAUAUAUUUUGAAUUGAAAGAUGAAGAAAUAGAAAAAGAACUAGAGGCUCACUCUGUAAACAUUGUUAGUGAUCGUGACAGCUUUGUAUGGAAAGGUCAUGAUCAGCUUUCUUUGAAACAAGGCAGCUUGAAGUUUGAUCCUGGUUUUGUUCCUGUAACCAUUGAGCAGCUGACUCCUCCUGCUGCAGUAACUGCUAUUGCUUUUCAUACAGAAUGGGGACUGCUUGCUGCUGGUACAGCUCAUGGAUUUGCACUCUUUGAUUAUAUACAAAAGAAGGCUGUUAUGUCUAAAUGUACUUUAAAUCCUAAUGAUUUGAUGGCUGUCGGUGAUGCAGCCAUGUCCAGGAAAAAGUCUUUUAAAAAAUCUUUGAGGCAGUCAUUCCGAAGACUGAGGAAAGGAAGAUCGCAGCGCAGCAAGAGAGACAAAACUCCUACAAAAGAAGAAACUAAAAGCCCUGCCAAAGAAAGCACAGCAGAAACGGAUACUGGUGCAGCAACUCCAGUUGUUGAAACCAAACCUGUUGAAAGACAAAUUGAGGCUCGUUCGGCAGAUGAUAGCAUGGGCUCCAUGGUUCGCUGCUUGUAUCUAGCUCAAAGCUUUAUCAUCAACAAUGCUUUGCAGUCUUACACACUCUGGGCUGGAACAAACGCAGGAGCUAUUUAUGUCUUUACAAUAUCCUUGCCCAAAGAAAAAGAUAACAGGAAGACAGAAGCAGUAGCUUGUCAGCUAGGUAAAGAAAUUCAGUUGAAGCAUAGGGCUCCAGUGAUAGCCAUUCAAAUCUUGGAUGGAUUAGGCCAUCCUUUGCCCGAGCCUUAUGAGGUAGAGAACAACAGGGCUAAAUCUCCUGAUCUCAGUGGAAACCACAGAGUCAUUAUUUGCUCUGAGGAACAAUUCAAGGUCUUUACCCUACCCAGCCUUAAACCUUUCUGUAAAUUUAAACUUACUGCUAGUGAAGGAGCCAGAGUAAGAAAAGUUGCCAUGAUCAAGUUUGUCAGCACAAAAGAUGAGAACUACAGUGAAGAUUGCAUGGCUUGUUUGACUAAUCAAGGUGAAAUCAGUAUCUUUACUGUACCUGAUCUUAGGAGACAACAAACACAUAAUGUCAUUAAGCGAGAAGAUAUUAAUGGUAUUUCCAGUGUAGUGUUCACAAAAACAGGACAGGCUUUCUACCUUCAUUCUCCAUGUGAAUUCCAGCGCUUUACAUUAUCUGCAAAAGACAUCUUAGAAGCCAAGUGUAAAGUGGAUCUCCCUGAGGGAGCCCGUCCACCACCUCCAAGCAGUGAGCCAGAAGAAUCUGCUGAGCAACAGACUGAGGAAGGGGGAGAGAUAAGCCCGGAGAAAGAGCAAGAAAAGGCAAUUGAUGUCGCCACUACUAUGGUGGAGUCUUUGAUAUUAAAAGACGAGAAAACAGAAUCUUCUGAAAGUAAACCAGAUGCGAAUGCAUCCCAAGAUGAGAGCAAGGGAGAACUUGAUAUCACUGUAGACAGUGUUAAAGAUCACAUAAGUAACCUAUGUACAGAAGGAGUGACUACUAUUGUUGAGAAGGCCGAAUCCUCUUCUAAAGUUGUGCAGGAGACAGUGACAAAAGUGUCCUCCACUGUGGUAUCCACAAAAGAAACUAUCAUCAAUGCUAAAGAGGCAAUGAUCACUACUUCCGACAAUGCUAAAGAGACUGUAAUAAAUGCAACAGAAAAUGCCAAGGAAACGUUUCUGAAUGCUACGGAGAAUGCUAAAGGAAUGUUUACUAAUGCCAAGAGUACUGCUAAAGAAACAAUUAUUAGCACAACAGAAAAGAUCACAAAUUCUACUACAUCUGCAUGCAGUGUGGUGAAGGGAGAGCUGAUUCAAGGCAGCCAAGUGACGGAACAGAUGCUGAAUGGCAUCUCGUUAACAGCACUUACCAAGUCUUCAAAGUCGACAACUUCCAAGAAUAAAGCUCCAACAGCUAUCCUUGAAGAAUUCAGUCAUGAUGAAGAUGGGGCUUAAAUUAUGUUCGAAUCAUUGCAAUGUGCAUACAACUCAUUUUUCAAACCUUGCAGUUAUGUACGUCCAGAAUUAGCCAUGCUUUUUUUUUUUUUUUUUUUACACCAUGGUUAUCUCCAUUAUAUGAACUCCUCAUGCUGUGCUCAAAAUAGGGAUAUAAAAUUGUGAUAAUCUACGGGAUCCAUGGAUUUAUAUAUAUUUUUAUAUCUAGUUCAUUUAGUGCUUAAAGACAGGGGUGAUUGUCAUUUUCUACUGUACUGUGUAAAUUUGAUAUUUUUUACAUUUUAAAUCAGUAUUCAAAACUUCAGAUAGCAGCUGGUUAAGGGGGAAAAUCUUACAGCAAAUAUUUUCUGCAAAUCCAAGAGAUUCAGAAAUUUUAUUUGCUGUUUUCAAUCGCCCCUGUUUCGAAGUGGUCAGUGUAGUUUCUUCAAACUGCCCACUGUACCAGUGUUUGUAAUUUAUGAUCUUAUAGCAGCUAUUGAUUCUUUUUAAAUGUUUCCCUUUAACUUAAGAUGUUGAUUUUUAACUAUGUAUUGUACUUUUAUAUUUUUGGCAGCAUUUAUACAUUUUUUUUUUUUUUUUUUUUUGUAGAUUCUGAAUUUUCAAUUUUUUAUUGACCAUGUAUUGAAGUAUUUUGCCACUGGUGGUGGGUUUGCCAGUGCAAAGAACAUUGUUCUAAUUUUUAAAUGCAAAACUUCAUAAAUACAUUUGUUCUUAAAUGUUCAUGUGUUUUAAACUGGCUAAUAAAAUUUAACUGUUUUGAAA